AUGCAUGCAUGGUUUGCUGCUUUUGUUGAUACACGUUAUUCAGUGGCUGUCCCCGUAAUUGCUGUUCAGGGCUUUCGGUGGGCCAUAGAAAAUGAUCAAUGGCAAGCUCGAGUUGACAGUAUUAAGCCUGUGUUUGAAGAAGCAAGGAUUGAUUUAGGGAAGGAAGCCAUUGACAAAGAGGUUGUGGAAACCGUUUGGAACAGAAUAGCUCCUGGUUUAGCACCACGCCCUUUGUUGAUUAUAAACGGUGAAGACGAUCCCCGUUGCCCAAUCGAAGGUAUUGAUGUUGCCAUAUCAAAAACACAAAAGGCUUUCGAAGAUGCCCAACUUUUGAAUCAUUUCAAGGUGAUAGUCGAACCAGGAAUUGGACAUGAAGUGACCUCAUCAAUGCUUAAAGAAGUGAGUGAUUGGCUUGACAAGUUUCUCAAACCGUAG